AACUAAUAAAAACCCAAGGCUAGCGAGCUACCGACAAUUGGAGGUUAUAUUACGUCUCAACGGCUGGUCAGACGGUUUUUAUUUUAGUAAGGGGUUAACUUGUGCCAGAGAAAUUUGAUGCAUUCAUUUUGCUUCCUCUUGGCAUUUUAUGUCUCCGCGAACUAAGUUCGUAACACAGUUUAAAACAUUAUAAGUGCUAUCAUGAGAGUUGUAGUUAGUGUCGGUUAACACUCGGCUAAAACUUUGGAACGUACUUCACAUAGUGAAGCACACACGCCGAUCUUAUUUAUUACUGUUACUAAUUAUUUAUAAGGAGAAAUCGUAAAACAGAUAAAAAUGAAGGCGAUACCAGAUCCAAUAUAUGUGCAGGAAUUUCUAUUUAAAGAAUCAAAUACAACUCAAAUAUGUGAUGGAUUGUCACAAAUACCUAAUGCUUGUAACCUUCUCGUGGCAGACAAGAAACGAGGACUACUUUACAUAGGACACAAUGACAAAAUUACUGUAUUGAAGCCAGCAGAAGAGAACAGUGCAGAAUGGAAGAUAGAACUCCAAUUGCCAGGCACUAUAUCGAAAAUUGCAAUUAAUUGUGAUUAUAGAUAUGUUGCUGUAACCAUAGCACAGAAGCCUUCAAUACUGAUAUACGCUGCCUACUCAUUAGCUAGAAAUAGUCCUUGUCUGUUAUUUGAAAUAGGAUCAAGCAAGGACAACAAUUACAUAACAGAUAUACGAUGGAAUCCUACGUUUCCUAUGAUGCUCUGCACUGUUAUUAGUGAUUAUACUUUUGGCAAUUUCCUACUAAAAGAAGAGACGAGGGAUAAGCAUGGACCGAAAUUAUCCUUCGAUAAGUCAAAAAUGUCGAACGAGGUACAGGUUCUGUGUGCAGCCUGGAGCCCUAAGGGCAAGCAAUUAGCUGUAGGUUGCAAGAAUGGAGAUAUUGUACAAUUAAAGCCAGAUUUAAAAAUUGCGAGGACUAUUGCGGGUCCUUCGCCAUCUAUCGGUGAGGUAAUCAGUAUCCUGUGGAUCAGUAAUUAUCAGUUCUGCGCGGCAUAUCUGAGCAACGAGCGGCAUAUCAAUGUCCUCAUCGUCGAUGCACCAAAAGGAGAAGCAAACGCCGCGUUUACAUGCUACGAAGAUAUCACGUACGGAUUUUCUGACGCUGACGGGGAGGAGAGCGUUUAUCGUUAUUAUUUCGAGUAUGUGCCAGAAUGGGGGCUUAUUAUAGCAGGCAGCAGCAAUAGCAGCGAAAUAGCCGUGUUGGGCACGACCGAUGGAGGCGCAAAUUGGAAUCUGUGGCAGUUAGUGGACAAUGGCAGAGCUCAAUUGCCUCUGAUGAGAACUACAGAGAUCUUUCCCAUAGGUCUGGCUGUGGACAGAUCUCCAACCAAUAGAUUACCAUGGGGCACGGACGCGAUAUUGCAGAAUCCGGUCCCGAUUUUGCAUAUUCUUGGAACAUCCGGAAAAUUGUGCAGUUUUCAUAUGGUUAAUUUAGUACCCAACUGUCCUGCCAUCAAUUCACCUCCCACGGAGAUUGUCACUGCUCCACCACAGCCUCCUGUUGUUUCACUCACAGAGAUGUCGUUCAACAUGAAUACUGUGGUGACCAGCACGCCACGCCCAAAGCAACCUGAGCUUGUGCCAGAACGUGCGAAAGCCGCUCCGAUAACGAACAUAUUCGGCGAUUCUUUGAAAGCGGCGGGAUUCUUUCAGCAACCGUCCGAACAACCAAUGGAACAGUCGAGACCAUCAGAGGGAAAAGCUAUCGCGCCUGUGGUCGCGAUUAACAAACCGCUCGCAGCGAAGGAAACGCCGGCGCCUGAAUCUGCGAAGAUUGAGACUAAGCCAGCGGCGCGAGACAAUGAAGUAAGUUCGCCGCAAGUGGCUGAACAGAAAUCUUCCAUAGACGAUAGCGUGCGGAUGCGAGCUUAUCUGCAGGAAGUAGCGUUGUUCGAGAAAGAAUGGCGAGGCAAGUUAGAGCCGCAAGUGUGGGAAUGCGGCACAGACAAGGAGAAGAAACGGCUCGGAGAGACAUCUGCCAUCGUAGAACAAUUCCUGAAAGAAUUGAAGGAAACGACCGGCAGUUUAGCCAGCGAUAUAGCGUACUUGAAGACUUUGUUGUUGCAGUCAUUCGCGUGGAUCGAAGAGACCAAAUCGAAGAAUGCAAGCAGCACAGAUAUGAACAACAGAAACUGUGGCGAGAACAGCAAAAUAGCGGAUCUACAGCGAACGUUCUAUUACGCGCAGACGCAGCUCAAUCAAGUUAGCAAAAUUUUGGAUUUGGAAUGGUCGGAGCAUAAGGCGCAGGAAAUGACGAAAAUGAAGAUACCCAGCUUGGAAUUCGUCUAUCAGAAUCUCCUGCUUCACAGCAAGAUCAUCGCGAAAGAGAAAGAGAAGCUGGAGCAAAUUUCGCGGAGGUGGAAGUUUCUCAGUCACUCGCCAGCAGGCACAGUUAAAGAUAUAUCCAAUCUCAACCGUUCGAUGUCGAGCCUGCACAUAAGUUUGCCAAGAACGUCAGUGUCGACUAUUCAAGGAAGGACUGAUGCGAUAGACGCCCAUUGCCGAAGUAUCGCUUCGAAGACUUUGAGUUUCACGCAUGAGAAGCAGGCAAAACUGAAGGCAUUGCUCGUCAAUUCCAGCCCGAAGAUUAUCAAGCCGGUAAACCCGUCACCGGUCCAAGAUCGUCUGAAGGCCACAUUAUCUUCGCUAGCAUCCGUUAAUUCCACGACGCCGCCUGAAACUAAGUCCAAGGUCGAGCCACUGAUUAUGAGUAAACCAAGUAUCGUGAAUAAGCAGAUCGUGGAGAAGGCCAAAUCACAAAGCAAUCCUUUAGCUUCAUUGAACAGUAUCGUCGCAAGGAUCGGCACGUCCGACACGAACGGCAUUGUUAUGCAGAAUAAAACGCAGCAGAAGCCGGCUUCUACGACCACCUCUUUCCCCGCUGCGAUCUCCGUCAAGCAGACGGAGAAGAAGCUUAUCAUACCGACAAUUCCCACGAUAGCCCAAGUCAGGCCGAAGCAAGAUCUCAAUAUCAACUUCCCAUCCAUCACUUUCAGCACACCUGCACCUAAGUCUCAAGAUAUCUUUUUCCCGAAACCCCCUGCCAUGGACACAACUGCCAAAAACAACAAGGAAUCCGUGGUGUCGUCGAGCAACGAUAUCAUCGUUCCUAAAGCGUCGGAAUCCGCGUUAUUCUCGACUAGUCUGCUGAAGGACGUACUAUCGACUGAAUACUCGUUAACGAAAACUGAGGGAAUCGCUCGUAGCCUGCCGUCGUUGCCCGUAGCAUCAGCUGUGAAAACAGACGCUGCUGCUACGUUUAGUUUCGCCACGCCUAGCGUUGUCCCGUCCGUUGCGAAAUCAUCCUCUGCCACUCCGCUUGACGCAAUGAUGUCCUUUACUUAUUCGAAGCCUUCUCAUACUCCCGCUGUAGAAUCAUCUGUAACAGUGGCGCAGUCGCUGAUGCAGCCGACGAUGCAAUCUGCGAUACAGCCGACGAUGCAAUCUGCGAUUCAGCCGGUGAUGCAAUCUGCGAUGCAGCCAACGAUGCAGGCAACACCGAUAGAAUUGGCGGCGCUGUCCUUAGGAUCAUCGAGUCCGUUGAACCUCCAGCAGACAAGUCUUCCGAGCGUUGGUACUAAUGGAAAGGUAAAUACAAUCGCAACCAUCAGCUUCGCUACUUCAAUCGCUGCUACGACGCAACCUUUCGUAACAACCACCGUUACUCCGUCCGACGUGACUAUCGGUGGACUUACCAUCAGUCUCGCAAACACGAAUGCUACUUCGAAGUUGAUGGAGACGCCAGUGUCUGACUCAGUCACUAUCCAAGCGGUCGCGACGCCCGAAGUGAAAUCACCCACUUUCGGCGCCGCAGCUGCUCAGGUUUCAACUUCGUUGCCAACUGCGUCGAUAUUUGGUAGUCAAAUCAUGGUGAAGAGUAUGGCUACACUCAUAGAGCCGUCGACAACACCGCCCGCCACCACUAUCUUCGGUGCGGCCGCUUUCCCGUCGAUUGCACCUACUUUCGACACGUCGACUUCAGCAUCGACCGCGUCGGUAUUCAGCGGAUUCUCAAACAUAUCCACCACAGGAGCUACCACCUACUCUUCGGCGACAACUGUGACCAGCAAUGUGUCUCCUUUCCAGAGCUCCUUGGGCAAGCCGGUCUUUGGCGAGUCCGCUACCAGUAUGCCAGCUACGAGUUUUGGAAUUACUACCAACAAUACCUCGGCGGCCAAGUCUCCGAUCUCCUUCGGUAUCCCUACAACGACGGUGGCGACGACGGCGACAGUAGCCUCUAUCACGCCGGCAUUCGGCAAAAGCCCGAUAGCAUCGCCAACGUCGAACGCUCAGUUUGGAACUCCGAACGUUCAGACACCCCCUGUGUCGACGGCGAAUGUCUUCGGGAAGAAUAUCAUCAGCCCUGCAUCGACACCCUUUAGCAACACCUCGGGCUCUGUAUUCAACAUGCCCGCCACAUCCUCUAACACUCCUAUAUUCGGCGGCGGCGGUAGCGGCAUGAAUUCCAUAUUCGGAUCGACCCCGCUGACUCCUACCAGCGGGAAUAUGUUCGGGGGUAAUUCAACGGUGUUCGGCGCGACUCCGUCGGUGCCCCUCUUCGACAGCAAUGCUCCGAAAUCUGGUGGCGGCAUGUUUGGCGGUGCGACGAAUGCGGCACCUGCUUCUCCGUUUGGUAGCGCAACCAGUAACGCGUCGCCAACGGGUGCAGGCGCUUCUCCUGCAGGCGCGAAUGUCUUUAAGUCUCCUGUGACCAAUACAUCCCCGAUGGGGGUGGGAGCGCAGCAACCUGUACUAGGUAGUCAACCUGUUUUCGGACAAACUCCUGCUUUUGGCGCCAAACCGAUGUUUGGAUCGCCACCUUCGAUGUUUGGCGCGUCGAAACCAGUUUUUGGAAGUGGCUUCGGCUCACCUCCCACGUUUGAAACUCCUGGCAUGGGAUUUGGAGCUGCAUCUCCCAUGCAAGGUGGUUCUACGAUGGAGAAUGUCAUGCCGAAAGUAUUUGGAGACGUAGCAGGCAGCAGUACAUUUGAAUCUUUAGCCAAUCAAUCGGGUGGUCUCAGCUUCGGCAGUUUAGCUCAAAAGAGUCCAGAAGCCGAGAAACCAGCGUUUACUGCCAGCAGCUCGUUCUCCAGUUGGAGGUGAACAAGGCAUGGUUGCGGCAAGUUUAUCUUUAAAACUCUCAUACAUCAUUCGAAUAGAAGCCAAGAAUGAUACGUCACAAUCAUGUGCACAUUGUUUUAUAUUGAGAAGUAUGACUUUUUAUGA